AUGGCAACCAAACGGUUUACCAAAAGUGCUGUCAAUUUCAAAAGAGUUAGUGAUUUGGUCGGCGAAAAGCACACCAAAGAAGUUACCGCUUUAGCUCAACAUCAUCAGCAAUAUCUGAAUACUGUGAUAUCUAAACCUGCGGAACUGCCAAAAUAUGAUUUUGAUAAGUUGAAGAAGCAAAUGCCUGAGCAUGCAGCUACUUUGGAUAAGCUGCAAAAACAAUAUGAAGCAAUUAAAAUACCAUUUCAUACUGUACCAGAGCAAUUUAUGAAAGAGAUUGAUGACUAUUUGAAAUACGUCGACACCAAAGUGGAUUUUCUAAAUCGUAAACUGGCAGAUGCUACAGUGGAUGAGAAAAAAAUAAAAGCAAAGUAUGAAAACAUGCCACCGAUUGAACAUUUCCGACGAGAACAUUUUGCGAAAUUCUUCCCCGAGAUACAUCGCGAUGUUCGCUUACCAAUUGAACGCUUUACGAUGGGUUGGGGUAGUACAAAUACUCCGGAGCACUUCCAAGAGUUGAAAGAACUCUUUAAAGAUUAUCGUUCACGUCCAGUCCCCGAGCAUUUGCGGAAAUGA